AUGAAACGUUGUUGUAUCAAGAAAGCUUCACGACGAUUGUCUAGUGGAAUUCUUGAAAGCCAGACGUCUGCAUUUAAGGCUGUACAAAUGGAAAAUGAAAAUCUGGUCACCCUGACAAUGAGCUUGAAGCAUAAAAGCACGUUGAAGGGAUUAAAUGUUAAUCCGUUGAAGAUUAACGAUGUUGCUAAUGAUGCUCCACUUACCUUUCAUUACAAUUUGUUAUAA